AUGCACAGGGGGGUUAGACAGGGUAGUAAAGAAGGUCCAGCCAUCUUCAACCUAGUCUUUCAAAGUAUUUUAAAACAUACAAUAGAUAAAACCUUAAAAAGAAUCACCCUAAAAGAUCAGCAUAAUAGGAAUUGGACAAUUAAACACUUAGAAUAUGCUGAUGACUUAUGUCUCAUCACCAAUACCACGGAAGAGGCUACCAAAGCCUUAAACCAUUUACAAAAAUACUUAACUAACAUUGGUAUGGAGAUAUCAAUCUCCAAAACCAAAGUCAUGAUUAUAAAUAAAAAGGACAACAUAGCAGCUGUCAAAAUAGACAAUAAGGAGAUAGAGGAAGUAGAAACCUUCCACUAUCUUGGCUCCACCAUAAAUAACAAAGGAACCCCCGACAGCGCUAUAGCUCAUAACAUAGAAAAGGCUAAAUCUGCAGUAAUCAAAAUUAGACCAAUACUUAAAUGUAAAGAACUCAGCCUUGGUACUAAAAUCAAACUGGUGGAUUCUUCAAUAAUCCCCAUUCUCACAUAUGGACUAGAAUCCAUAGUACUAAGGAAACAAGACUGGACUAGAAUAGAAACGGUUCUAAAUACAAUACGGCGAAUGAUCUUAGGCAUAAACGAUAGAAAACGACUUAAUGUACAACAACUUAAACUAAAAGUAAACUUACCCAAUUUAGCUAAUAAAAUCAUGCAAAAUAGAUUAAACUUAUGGUAUACGGCACAUAAAAGACCAAAUAACCUAAUGGUGAGGUCUUUAAAUAGUGAAUUCGAUAACCCAUGCAAUAAUAGGAAGGCAUACUAA